GUCAUUCUGUCGAGCUCCAUCCUCGUGGAGGAGGAACUUGUGGGGCUCAGUCGAAACAAUUACGUGACGAAGCCUUUGUCGAUGACAAUUUCCACGAAGUUGUCAAGGACGAACAGCGCACCUUGAAUUGUGACUUUCGCAUUUAUUGUUGUUCAGAGAAGCUCGAAUGGUCGCAACGACAAGAGAAGUGGGUGCUUUGCCCCUUUGUCGGUCAUGUUGUCGUCGAAAGCAGUAUCUUGCCACCACUGCCUGUAGGCACUGCUGCUCAAAACUUUCCAGAUCCCUUUCACGUUCAACAUCUACUUUCACUUUCUACAAAUACCUAGUACAUGCGGCAAAGCGGGGCCAAAUUCAUUUGCCUAUGAUUUGCGCUAGUGCGCGUGCUAUUGUGCCUCUGUUGUCACCUUGUUUUCGACUCGGCUUCCCCUACUUGCCUUCAACCACUCUGUCUUCGGAGUUUUCCACCAUUAUAGCACAUCCUACCGUUAUGGCUCCAGCAGUUUGCGCAUUGCGGCGUAAGCGUGUCUGCGAGGAAGACGAGACCGACGCUGGCCACAACAAGCGCGCACGUACUACCAAUUCUUCUGUGCACCAUGAUGGUACUAUGACUUUCUGCCAUCAGCAAGUCGGUAUCCAUCCCAAAUGGCAACUUGCUGAGGCACCUGACAGCGCAUAUGUGCCCGCCAACUCACCAUCAAAGCCUGAAUGGGUCAGCCCUCACACUACCAGAACAGAUCGUGCGAUAGGCUCAACGAUCGAACAAGACAUUUUCGAGGAUUUUUACAAACGUAUGCAGCGCGAUCUCAGCGAGAACCCAUCUUCAAUUAUUCCAGGAAUCCCACAAAACUAUAUCUACAGUGUGCAGUCAGCCCCACUCUAUGCCCCAAGCAAUAUCUGGAAGCUGCGACAUCUGAAGCCGCUACAACGCCAACAAAACUACCUCCAGUUGCGAGGUCUUUGCGACAAACUCAACCUCCUAUCACCCGACGACCAACUGUCUCGGAAUAUUGUCGCCUCAAUGAUGACUAAGUCAGCUCUACUGCAACAGGCCGAGUUGAACUUCUAUCGGAUCUACAUGAAACGAAUGUUCAUCAUGGACGGAGAAUACGACAAGAAGAAGUGUUAUCUUCCAUGGAACGUUAUCACGAAGCACCAAAGCUUUGACACUUGCAUCAAUGAAGACGGUCAGGCACAGAUUGUUCGCAACGCACCUGGCCCUUCAUCGACAUGCGUCAGCCCAGUCGUUGAGUGUGACCACAGUGAGGAUCCUGAAGAAGUCGACGUGGACAAAGUCCUGGCCUCUUGUAGCCGGGAUGUUAUUUCGACGGAUGGCAAUCUCUACGAGCAGAACAAGACUGAUAUUGAAGCGGACUGGGCAGCCAAACCUUUGACACGCAAGAAGGCGGCAUUAUGGGAGAAGUUCGCUUACUGGAAAGAAAGGCAUCCACUAGCAAGCCAAAGCUUGGAGUCUGUUCACGCCAAGCCAGCGUUCGAAGCGCAACGGCAGCCACAAGUCGCGACACUUUCAACUAUGAGCAGGGUCACGCCAAUUGUUGAUCCCACUGCCGCAUCUGGACAGCAAGACGGAGAAGACGCAAAUGAUCCUUCUACCUGGCACAAAUACCCGGGUCAGGAGAAUCGUUAUCGUUGCGGUCACCGAAGCUACAGCUGCAUCGAAGGCAGCUGCGAGAAUGGAUCACAUUUUUGUUGCAGGAACGGGCUUUCCUUGAGUGCUAAGAAAGCCUCUUUCAAGCGAGCCGAGAGGCAAAAUCGGACGAAGGAACAGAGAGGGAUCGCCAGUGAUGGAGGACCAGCGGCGAAGGGCAUAAGGAAAGACCAGCUCAGACAGGUCUUCAAAGAUGCGAAGCAAGAGGCGAAAUGGAAGAAUAGCAGCACUAUCUCAGGCAGAAAAUCGACGACUGCUUUUGCAAUUGCACAGCAGGAGCCGCUGAACAGUCCUGUUGCUCCGCAGCCGGCCGCUAGACAGGUCGCAUUGUUACAAUCCUUACCAACGCCAUUGCCGCAACAGCAAGCAGCAGCAAACGCUUACAAGCGAGCAGCUCCUAUCGAGCCCACUAUCAGGCCACUUUCCCAAGCCAUGCGGCGCUAUCGCCGUGAAGCCGAACAUCGAGAGCGCCAGCACUCAGUCGGCCUCCAGAACUGGCCACGAUUCAAGAAAUGGUGGGAUGCGCAGUGCCGUCAAGAUCAGGGCCAUCACCUGACGCCGGAAGAGAAGCAGAUCCUCCAGCGGUCAGAGCCUUCGACUGAGCGGCGCACAAUGCCUACGCCACAGCCUGUGUCAGCCUGUGCCUGCGGCGAAGAAACAGCGGGCGCUGUAUAUGAAACACCAGUCAGUGAUGAUGAUUAUUGCUCACUGUUCGGCGACAAAGAAGAAACUUCCACAGAGCAGCAAGCGCAGCAGAGCGCAGGAAGGAGCCUUGCGACCGAGGAGGAGCUCUUAGAAUUUUUCGACGACGACGAGCUCUAAGCCAUUCAGAUUUGGAAUGGUGUUGAUGUUCGUUUUGAUCGCUCUCAUAAGCCACGUAGGAUAGCUUCAAAUGUUGAAAUAUGCUUUGGAUUCUUAGUAGCUCGAUCGCGCAUAUAUUUAUCC